AUGUCAAUAUACGAUAGUAUUUUUUCGUUAACAUCUUUUUUUCAAUCAGAUGCAUGGAUAUUUUCUGUCUACAUCAUCGUAACAUAUGAAAUUGUCUUUUGGCUAUGUAAUAGUUUUUUAAUUUACAUUGAACUAUUUGACAUUUCAUCUAUUGAUCAAUAUCGUAUACAAAAGCAUAAGAAAAAAUUACGUUUUCAACCUGAUAUUAUUCGUUUUAUGAUUCAACAAACAAUUCAUAAUCAAAUAUCAUUCGUUCUUCUUACACCUAUUCUUUAUUAUAUUUUCAAUUAUUUUGGUCAUGUCGAUAUACAAGGAGUGCGACCAUUGUGGUCGACAAUUCUCUUUCAAAUUGGUCUCUUUAUUCUUUCGGAGGAUACGAUUUUCUUUUGGACACAUUAUCUAUUGCAUACACCGUGGCUAUAUAAACAUAUACAUAAAAAGCAUCAUGUUUAUACACAACCAACAGGUGUAACAGCUGUCUUAAGUGAUCCAAUUGAAGGUAUAGUAAGUCAAUUCGCUGUUUGGUUUAUGCCUGUCCUAUUGAAAGAAACACAUAUAUUUACAUUAUGUCUUUGGGUUACUAUUCGAGUUUAUCAAACAGUUAUGGCACAUUCAGGAUAUGAUUUACCAUACAUUAGUACACAGUAUUGGUUACCUGAACUUAUGCCAGGUGCUUUAGCACAUGAUUUUCAUCAUCAACAUGGUAAAUGGAGUUAUGGUUCAUUUUUUUCUAUUUGGGAUCAACUGAUGGGUACUCAUCGACUUUCCACAAGUAAAACAGCAACUAAAUAA